ACGUUUUGAAUUUUGGAGCUUACCACAAUACAUAUGUAAAAUAUGUUCAGAGUUUGCAACAAGUUGAUAGCAAAUGCAAGUGGAGUCUUCCAAAAAAUUCCUAGCAGGACCCAAAGCAAAAAUGUGAACGUUUUUAUAAACGGCAAGGCUGUGGAGGUGCCUAGUUACUUCACAGUGCUACAGGCGUUGCGAAGGGAGAGAGUGACUGUCCCUACAUUUUGUUACCAUGACCGUUUGUCUAUUGCAGGCAAUUGUCGAAUGUGUCUCGUGGAAAUAGAAGGCGGAUGGAAACCGCAAAUUGCUUGCGCUACUCCAGUAUACAAAGACAUUAAGAUACGCACAAACUCAAAAAUGGCACUACAGGCUCAAGAAGGCGUACUAGAAUUUAUUUUAGCAGAUCAUCCUCUCGACUGCCCGAUUUGUGACCAAGGGGGAGAAUGCGAUUUACAAGAUUUGACUAUGAGAUUCGGCAACGACAGAACCAGGUUCACCGACAUUCAUUUCCAAGGGAAGCGAGCCGUCGAGAACAAGAAUCUUUCGACGUUGAUCCGCGCUGAGAUGACGAGAUGUAUCCAUUGCACCAGAUGUAUAAGGUUCGCCUCGCAAGUCUGUGGUAUGGACGUACUAGGCACUACCGGUCGCGGAGGCGAAAUGCUCGUCGGGACUUACGUGGAUAAAAAGUUUUUCUCAGAGCUAUCUGGAAAUAUUAUAGAUCUUUGUCCGGUCGGUGCUUUAACGGCGAUUCCGUACAUGUUCAAAGCGAGGCCAUGGGAGGUCAAGAGAGUGAACUCCAUCGACGUCACCGAUGCGACGGGCACAAAUAUUAUUCUAAAUCAGCGGUUUAACAGGGUCCUGAGGGUGUUGCCUCGUGAAAACAAUGAAGUUAACCAGGAGUGGUUAUCAGACAAAGGACGUUGGGCUAUCGAUUCUCUGGAGAUGCAAAGAUUGGUUACGCCCAUGUGUAGGGACGAGGAUGGCUCUCUAGUUCCUAUUGAAUGGGACGUAGCUUUAAAAUUGGCUUGUAAGCUGUUAAAGGAAGCGUCGUCAUCUCCUAAUAGAAUUAUGGCUAUAGCUGGCCCACAUUGUAGCGUUGAAACAUUGGUCACUUGCAAAGACCUUCUUAACGUGAUCGGCUGUGAGAACACAUACGUAGAGCGCUCUCUCGCCUUCACAGGGUCGGAUGCCGACCUCAGAUCGGCAUAUAGCCUUAACGUUAGUAUGAAGGAUAUUGCGAAAGCUGAUAAAAUAUUGCUUGUAGGGACUAAUCCCCGCUUCGAGGCGCCAAUUUUAAAUACGUGGAUAAGACAAGCUUAUAUCUUUAACGAGUGUGACAUUUAUGUGAUCGGACCCGAGUGCGAGUACAACUAUCACGUCGAGUACUUGGGAUCGGAUAUGAGGGCGAUACCCAGUGCCAGCUGUAUUAUGAAAGAUGCGAAGAAGCCGCUUAUAUUUGUCGGCGUAUCCCAAUUGGGUACUGAUUUUUCCGGUGGAUUGAUGAACUCCUUAUGCGAACUUUCGAAAUCGUUAAAUUCGUCGUUAGAUUGGGGAGUAUUGAACAUUGUAACAUUGGAAGCAAGCUUCGGAGGUGCAAUGGAGGUAGGCUGGAAGCCUGGUGCGCUUGCAGCGUUGGACGUGCACAAGCCGACGUUAAUAAUUUCACUAGGAGCAGACGAUACUUUCUACGACUGGACUCCGCCGUGCGAUUGCGCUGUGAUUUACAUCGGAUUCCAAGGUGACCGGGGAGCUGAGAAUUCUUCUCUGAUUUUACCGGGAUGUGCGUAUACCGAAUCCGGUGGUACAUUUGUGAAUAUGGAAGGUCGAGUUCAGUUCGCUUUGCCCGCCGUGUCGCCGCCGGGCAAAGCUCGCCACGACUGGAAGAUAAUCAGGGCGUUGGCCGAGACAUAUAACAUUCCUUUAUUUUAUUGCGACAUGGAUACUCUAGCCUGUAGAUUGGGCGUGAUCAGUCCUAAUUUGGUGCAGUUUGACACGUUUCAGCCCAAACUAUUUUCGGAUGUGGUGUGCUCUAUGAUAGAUCAUAGCAAGACAUCGAGUGGAUGUAUAGAUGUUAAGAUGAAAACUAUAAAGGAUUACUUUUGCUCAGAUGUAUUUACGUUUAAUUCACCGACGAUGGUGAAGGCUCAGAAAGCUGUUACCGAUUUCCAAAACACAUCGCAAUAUGUUGCAAUUUAG